CAUAUGAACAAUUUGGUAUUUCAAGGAAAGGAUCUCAAGACACCUCAGAUGAAUAUUGCACAAUCUUCUAUGAUAAGGACAAGGUUGAGCUUCUUGAAGGUGGUACAUUCUGGUUGUCAGAAUCACCCUCUGUUCCAGGGAGCAUGUCAUGGGGAGCCACAGUGCCAUGCAUUGCUACUUGGGCGACAUUUCAACUCAAGAGAGUUGAGCCACCAGGAUUCAGCUUCCAAAUCGUGAAUACAAACCUGGAUGAAUUCAGUCCUCGUGCACGUAGACGAAGUGCCUUGCUCACCUGGCAACACAUAGCUUCUUUGCCACCAAACUUGCCUGUUGUAUAUUGUGGAGGAUUUAAUACUCAAAAGGAAUCAACUACAGGGCGGUUUUUGCUCGGGAGAUCCAGAGAGCAUGGAGUCGUGGGCGAUAUGAGAGAUGCUUGGCCAAAUGCUCGGGUUCGGAAAAAUAUCUCUCUAAUACGCACAUAUCAUGGGUUCAAAGGUGACAAACAAGGUGCUUUGGAAUUCCUAAAGCUGAUCUUUAGAGCUCUUUGCCUCUGCUGGGAUCGCCAGACUCAGGAUUUGCAUGUCGACUGGAUCCUGUUCCGAGGGCGGUCACUGGUUCCUGCAUCCUGUGAAGUGGUGAACGAUAACAUAGACAGCUUCUACCCAUCAUCUCACUAUCCCAUCUUCGUGGAGUUCAUGCUUCCACGCAACGUGCGGUUCGUCGAGACAUCAUAAAAAAAGAUUUGUCACUUUCAUUUCAUGUUACGUGCUCUUUUGCCUUCUUUUUUUUCUCUUCUUUUCUGAAUCCAAACUUUAAGCUUGAAAGUUCACCCAGAACACCAGAGUUGUAUUGCCCCAUGGGCGAUCUACUUAUCUAAUGUAGGGUUCUGCUUGUUGUUUCCAUGCCCCCUCAAAUUAAGUGCCCUAAUAAUAAAAUGAUUAAACAUAGCUUAUUGUUUCUUUAA